AUGUACUCGCACAAACAAAGCGCACAUUCCGCACAGGAGCUGCUCAGCCCCGUGCUCUUGGCUCCAACCCGAAGUCCAGUCAUUCAUCGGCCGUCGAUUUCAACUGCCCAGAAGAAUUCGGAUAUUAUCCACACCCGUCAGAUUGCUCACAGUACUAUGUAUGUGUGUUCGGUGGUGCUUUAUUGGAAAGUUGUACCGGAGGGCUGAUGUACAGUCACGAGUUGCAAACUUGCGAUUGGCCCCGGAAUGUAGGCUGUGAUCUGCCAGCACUGAGUGCUCCUGCCGGUCCUUCGAGAACAUCAGCCGUAACGCCGCGAGUCCCACAAGUACUGUCGCGUAUCAGAUUCUCCAGCGUUCAAUCAGCUCCAUCCGCACCUUCCGGCCCAUCGGGUCCCAGUGGUCCCAGCGGCCCAACUGGUCCCGAACCAUCUGCUCCAGGUCGUAUCCAACGAGUUCAAUCGAUCCCACCUCCACCACCACCAGCAAACCCUAAUCCGAUCAUUACCACUCGCGGUCAGCCGAAAGAAUCGCCACAAGAAGACAUUGCCAAGCUCUACGCCGAAGCUCACGACACUCUUCCCCCGGUUGAAGAGGAAGAGUCAGACCGACAGCAACGUGUCUAUCGUGGUCAGCCAAGCACCGUUACCCAGGUUCAGCGAGAUCGCGACGGUAUUCUGCAGCAACCCAGUGUAAAUGCCAUCCCAACCCAGGCUAAAGUAGGUUCCUUCGCGUACAGUGCCCAGCCACAGCCGUUCAGUGACGACGACAAACUGCAAGACCUUGACCACAAAGAUCUCAAAAGUCACGAUCGAAGAAAACGCGAUGUGGCAGAAGAAAGUGACAAAGUUCUUGACAUCAAAGACAGCUCAAUUGAUCCCAUUGUCAAUAGCGAAAAGACUGACGCAUUGGUAGAGAAACACCCUGUUAAACGUUCAAACGAUGACGAAACUUCGGAAACGAAAGAACUUUCCGACUCAGAAGAAUCCACAAGCAGCGCUGAAGGUACCCGGACAGCUCGACAGCUGCGACCGAUAGGAAACUGGCAGUACAGAUCACUUGACACCUCGUUGUCACGCCAAAACAGCUUUCCCCCUAGUAGCUAUGACCCAUUUACAUUCUCGGUUGGACCAACUCAAUCGACCCUUAUCAAAUCCGGAGCACGGUACUACCAACCUCAGACAUACAGUAAAAAGGAAAUCACAAACAAUUAUAACGAUUAUCUGGAAGCUUACGUCAAAGCUAAGCAGACUGCCCAAUAUCUACGGCCAGUAGAACUACCAAAUCAGAAGCCUGUUUCGAGUCUUCAAAACUACAAAACAGUUACCAAGAUAAAUCCUCAGGAAACGCUGAUACCACUGCUGAUCUCUAACCAAUCGCCAAAACCUCAAUACCAAACAGCAUUUACCGCAGCAGCAUUUGUGAAUAAUCAAAACAAAAAGUUUACGACCCCAGUCCCGGACAUAGACGACGAAACCAUUCCAGACAACUUUGCCUACUUUCACUUUGGAAACAGUUAUUCGUCCACGCCGAUUUCGGUCAACAAUCACGCAAAAACUGCGGCUAAGCUCAAUCCCGUUCCACAACCAUCCGCAAAGAUACCUCAAUCAACGAACCGGACUCCAUACAUAGCAUUCAGCUCGGUCGGAGGCUUUUUCAACAAUCAACCCACUGCUAACCCUCUGAAGGAAACAUUCGCUGGAGUAUCCAAACAUCACGGAAGCGGACAGAUCCAAGUACAGCAAGCCAAGAAAAAGAUUCUAGCUGGUCCAAGCACGACUUCUCCCGUUUACGAUUUUGGAAAUUCAAUUUCGGCUGGAAGCGUACGAUAUACAACACCAAAGCCCCCAUCCUCAUCACUUGAGUACUAUCCUCAAAACAUAUUUGUAGGAACUGGAAAGAUCACAAGUAACAUCCCUGCACAGAUAAACUACAACAAAUAUCAUGAUAAGCCAUUGUAUGAAGCUUCUUCACCAAAACCAACCGGAUACUUUUCAACCAAAUCCACCAACGGUUUUCAGCCUAUAUCAAUUUCAACCACCCCGCGAUUUUACAAACCCGCUAACCAAGGUAGCUCAGAUUAUGCAAAUUUCUUUGAAAAUAUCAAAACAAGUCACGUGCAACAUGUCAACACCAAGCUAACUGGUGACAUCCAAGACUUCAGUUCACAAUAUCCCAAAAACGGUACAACGAACCUUAGGCCAGUUCAACAAGUCGAACAGCAUUAUAAGCUGUAUUAUUCUCCCUCGACUGUUAAACCGACAAGAGACUACGGUGAGUACUACUAUGAACAGGAUGAAAUAGAAGAUGAUCGGGGCCAUAAAUAUGUCAAAAACACACUGAACAGUAACCGCAAACCAAGCUAUCCAAAUCGCCCCAAUGAAGAUGACGAUGACGAGUACUAUGAAGAUGAUGAAGAUGAAGACGACUACGAAUACCGGUAUCCGGUUAACAAGUCAAAGUACACCCCAAUGACAGAAACCAUGGCACCAAGGCCGCUUAAUAAUCUUACCACCCCGAAACCCGCCGCUUCCGUCUCUGGUCAUCUAUAUUAUAGUAAUCAUAAGUAUGAAACUACCACAUGGCGACCAAGCACAGUGACCACACAUGCCUCAAGCGCUACAAGUGAUAUACCCCCGAUCAUCAAAUUCCCAGAAGAUGUAUUCCAAGGUAUCAAACCUUUGGCCGAUAUACCACGGUACCUCAAUAAAUCAACUUUAAGGCCGUACACAAUCCGACAGCGCCUAAGACCAACUCCGAUAUCUAAUUCAAACCUCAUUGACGAAACCACCGCAAAGGAACUGCUCCGUACAACGGCCAAAUCCCUUAUUGCCAAAACAUCGGCUAAGACAACGACGACUACCACCACCACGUUCGCUCCUAGGACAACGACCACGACCACGACGACUACUACUUCAUCGCCACCGGCAACUCGAACGCGGACAACUCUCAGCUCGACUAGCGCUGCUUCGACCGACGACACUACCUCUCGGAAACGGUACACCAUUCGACCGAACCGAGGCCAGCAACGCUGGAGAACUACUGAGACACCCGACCAGUCCACGAUUGCUACUAGCACUCGACCAAACAAGAACGCGAACCGUGCAAAUCGUUUGGAACUCGAUGAACGGCUCCCGAACAGAGUUGAAACGUCUUCACCCGCGCCUAACCGAUACGUUCCGGAACAACCGCAAAAAACCGUACUGAGCCAAAGCAGCAAAAACUACUACAACACUAGCAACUACGAUCCGUCUGCCUACGAUAACUACUACGCAGUCUAUGACGACGAUGUGGAACUGUACAGAGAUGUUGAAUAUCAACCGCAGUACAACCAGAACAGACAACAGUCGCCACCACCACCGCAGAAGACCAUCGUUUCUACCACCUACAGACCAACCGUAGUAACAACCGUCGCUCCAGCAACUUCUCAGCGAGAACAGUCUUCUUAUGUUACUUCUCCCAGAACUACAUACCAGCAACGUCCCUCUUAUCAGGAUUACGAUGAUGCUCUCGUUGCACAACUCGAUGAUGAUCGUUAUAAUCAGAAACAAACGCACACUCAACUCAGGAACGAUCUAAACUCGAUCUCUGAUCGUCCGAUUUUGGUAUCGUCAACAAUUAGAACCUAUAACAGUCCCAAAUACCAGACAGCUUUCGUCACAUCACCCGAACCGUUCUCACUACCAUCAACAACCACUACCAGAACCACUACAACCACGACCACCACUACUACAACACCGGCUCCACCACCACAGUACUAUACCACAAGAUCAUCACAAUUGGAUGAAAAGCCCAAUAAAUCAACCCCCAAAACAAUAAUAUUAACACUCGCAGCACGCGCGGGUUCCUCCUCAACUACCACGACCUCUACGGAGACUCCCAUCCUAGUGUCCUUUUCCCCGUUUUCCUACUCUGCCCGGGCAGCCAGUACGAUGAGUUCGAACAUCUACCGACCUUCAAGUAGAACUACAACCACAACGACGACUUCUGCUCCUUCAGUCAUCGGUUUUUCUCUUUCGGACAGCAGCGACAAAUCUUUACGAGUACCUCCUGAAAUAAAAUUUCACCCAAUUCCUGAAGACAGUUACUACGACGACGAUGAUGAGUAUCCUCUUACCAAGACGCGUUACGAGUACGAGGCUCAAGACAACGAUAGUAGCAACAAUCCUUCUGAUAAAAAAUUUAUCACUCAAAAGUUAGUCCCGGUUAAUCCACCACCCUCUGCCGCAACCAAUUACGAUUACUCCAACCCUCGAGAAGACAGCCCUUUUUCGUACGAUCAACCUAAAACUUAUUUCUCGUAUUCGUUCAACAAAUCACCUUCUCCGUCUCCUUCGACCACACCUUCAACAACAACGACGACAACUACAUCAACCACCACCACCACCACCACUACUCCCAAACCAACUACUACAACCACAACCACAACUACAACACCAGCUCCGGUAACCGUGCGUCAGAGAGUUCAGAACCAAUUUACACCCGAUGUACAAUCGGAAGGCUUCAGGCCGAAUCAAAAUGUACCAUCGUCAAAAAUUCCUAACAUUGCAGACUAUGAUAGUUACGUGAAUACUGGUAAUCGACCACGUGGUCAAAAUACGUUCCUCAAAGCCAUUGGCACCACCCUUUCGGCUACACAGCAAUCUACAAUUGCUACUUCUACUGCCCCUGGAUCUGUGAAUCCUUCCAUUGUACCAGCUUCGUUUGCUCCCAGUAAAAAUGAUCAGGUCGUACGAUUUACUCUGAAUUCCAGUUUUGGAAGUUCUCGUGUUAGUGACUCGAUUGGAAACGACAAGCGCCCAACACAAUCCACACGGCUAAGCGUCAAUCAAGAUACACUUGACUCAAACAAUGGAACCGUGAGGAUUACAUUGAGUUCUACUUUAGCCCCAACUACCACCACUCAAAGGGUACAAUUCUUCCCAUCCUCUCCCCGGUACGAAAUUCGACCACAGGCACCUUCACAAUCCCCUACCAGAUAUGAAAUCAAUCCCGAACAAUUUGAAAAUAAUAAAUCGAUACGGUUAACCCUGAGUACUGGAAUUGGAAACAAACCAAACCUCUCUAAGGGUACUGUAGAAACUGUCAAUGUCGUCCCCUCGAAUCAAAGGUACAACCACCAUUCAUCACGAGACACUACAACAACUACCACUACUGAAACACCUACACCAUCUUCCAAUAUCCCACGAUUCAUUCCCAGCUCAACCGUCCCAACACUAAGAUCACGUAUUUAUCAAGAACCCGUUGAAACGAUUCCUUUUGGUAGAAGUACACCACGUCCUACCAGUUUCAAACUUCAAGACACUGAUCCAACUUCUUCUAGUGAAUGGGUUGCAUCAUACCCAGACAACGUUUUAUCAAGUCCUCAAACCAAUACUCUUCAGGAGCAUGAAGAACAAGAACUAGAUGAUUCCUUUAUACCGUCAAAACCAUCUGUAGAAACUAAAACCUUACCCCCAACUAGAUUCCCACCUCGAAGCACCCAACCUCCAACCGCUGCUGAAGAUAGCAAAAAACUUGCCGAAGCUAUUCAAAGUUUUACUUCCAGAGGUCUUGUAUUCAAAGAAAACCUGAAUAAAACCCUUGAAUCAAAUACUGGUUCUCGAACGGUAGUUUCUCCCUUCAAAAGCCUCGAAGUUCAACGACAAGCUACCUCUUCCGAUAAGCCAUUUGCCUAUUCUACUUCACGUGUGGUAGCAAACAUCUACCGUACCACUACUGAAUCCCCACGAGAACCCGCAGUACGGAGCUACUUCCUUAUCACUGCUCCCCCAAAAUUGGCUUCGUUUGCCCGUUCUAGCACUCUUUAUUUCACCAGCACAACAACCGACGCACCACCAACAACUACUACUACUAGCACGACCACUACCACGACGACAACCGAAGCUCCAUCAACCACGACAACUACUGAAGCUACCACAACAACAAGUACCUUGCCACCCCCAACUAGUACCACAAUAAGUUCCACUAUCUACGAAACAUCUCCUGAUGAAAUCUUAUCCACUACUUCUCCUAGAUCUACCGAAGUAUAUCGAGGUCGAUAUCGUCCCAAUUUUAAUGUUGCCAAAUCUUCCGAGACUUCAGAAGAAGUCACUACCCCUCGGUAUAGAAUUCGUAACCGUGGUUCUCAUCGUCGAACUUACACGCGCCUUCGACCAACUAAUCUAAACGGAGUAUAUAGUACAACAACUAGCUUUAAUCAAACAAACGUACCAAUCUCCAGCACCGAAAGUACCGUGCUUACCAUUUCAUCCGAAUACCCAGAUCACAGGGUAACUCCAUCAACGAUAUCAUCGAUUGCUUCGUCGACCAGUUCUCACUUGAACGGAAUUGGUUCGACUGAAAGAUCUCGCUAUGACGGCGAAAAUGCUCCUGCUAAAUCUUCCCAUUAUAAGUCACGUUUUAGUGACGAUAGCGUAGAAGUGUACAAAAAGGGGUCGGUAAUUUUGGAAAACGCAACCAAUUCUGCCGAUGUAGUUGAAAUCACUGACAAACCUGUAUAUUUUACUCGGUACCACCUUACAUCGACUGAACAAAAUUCUUUUGGACCAUCCUCCAACAGCAAGACUGAGUCGACUACUAAGAAGUUCCGUGCCACUGUUGAAAUGCCAGAAAUGAAUAUUCCUACCGAAAAAGAGCUGUUAUCUUAUAACCAGAAUGACAGUAUCAGUAACGAAUCGGAAGAAGACGAAGACGAGGAAGAAGACGGAGACGUGCCGGAAGAGGAUCUGGUGGAUUACUCCUAUCUUGAAACUACCAGUGCUGCUACUACUACGACCAAACCUACUACCACAACGACUGUGCGAUCGACUUAUACCUCUUUCAAACCUCACUAUCGAGCUACUAAACGAUUCACUACCACUACUUCUACUACAACCGAAUAUCCAACAACGACCACGACGAGUAGUACCUCGCCUCGAUACGUUCCAAGCACUACCACUCAGUUGCUGAACUUGACCACGACAACGCAAUUGUUGCCAAACAAAUCACGAUCGACAUCGUACUCUUCGACGUCUUCUCCCGUAUACGACUCAGACGAAGACUACAAUGACGAUCCAUCGUCGUCCGUCGAACAAAACGUCAACCUGGACUCCGAUCGUACGGCUUCAACACCAAGCCCCGUAGCCGUUACCACUGUCACCACCUCCAAAACCAAUACCAAUACCACCCCUCGCUUACCCACCACAUACUCCAACGGCAAACUGCCACCACGCGUAUCCAGAGUCAAUAAUGCCAUAAAGACCACGAUUGCGGCCGCACAGCUGCCUCGCCGAUACAGUAAACCGUCAGCCGGAAAAAGUAUACAAUGUACAGAAAACUCACUUUCAGCCAAGUGCAACGAAAUCCCCUCGAGAGGCAGCAGCAAUAGCAACACCAACAGCAAUCGCAAUCGUGGAAACUCGCAGUACAUCACCGAUACGCAGUCGACUGUGCCGGCAAACCGAGGAACUCAUCCACCACGCGCCCGUCCCACGCUGAAGCCUGCCCAGACCUUUGUCUCCAAGGCGCAGGAAUUCAUCGACAUCUAUCGGUAUCCACCAACGCGACCGGAACCUCUGUACCCACAGCCGAACCCGGACAAGACCGCUGCCAAGUGCCGCAAGGACGUCUGCCUGUUGCCGGAUUGCUACUGCGGUGGCAAGGACAUCCCCGGAGAACUACCCGUUGAACACGUGCCACAAAUUGUCCUGCUCACCUUCGACGAUUCGGUCAAUGAUCUGAACAAACAGCUCUACCAGGAUCUUUUCGAACGGGGCCGCGUCAACCCCAACGGAUGUCCAAUCACCGCUACCUUCUACGUAUCGCACGAGUGGACCGACUACAGCCAGGUGCAGAACCUGUACGCCGAUGGACACGAAAUGGCAUCCCAUACCGUAUCGCAUAGCUUCGGCGAAGGAUUCUCACCGAAGAAAUGGGCCCGUGAAGUCGCUGGACAGCGGGAGAUCCUAUCUGCCUACGGUGGUGUCAAGCUGGAAGACGUCCGUGGUAUGCGAGCUCCGUUCCUGUCCAUCGGAGGCAACAAGAUGUUCAAGAUGCUUUACGAUUUCAACUUCACCUACGACUCGUCGAUGCCGGUGUACGAAAACCGCCCACCCAGCUGGCCGUACACGUUGGACUACAAGAUCUUCCACGACUGUAUGAUUCCUCCUUGCCCAACUAAGAGUUAUCCAGGUGUCUGGGAAGUACCGAUGGUUAUGUGGCAGGAUUUGAAUGGAGGCCGCUGCUCGAUGGGUGACGCCUGCUCCAAUCCACCGGAUGCCGAAAACGUCUACAAGAUGAUCAUGAAGAACUUCGAACGCCACUACACCACCAAUCGGGCACCAUUCGGGUUGUACUAUCACGCCGCUUGGUUCACCCAGCCACACCACAAGGAGGGCUUCAUACAGUUCCUGGACACGAUCAACGCCAUGAAAGAUGUGUUCAUCGUGACGAACUGGCAAGCGCUGCAGUGGGUACGAGAUCCCACUCCACUGAACCGCAUCAACUCGUUCCAGCCAUUCCAGUGCAACUAUGGGGAUCGUCCCAAGCGUUGUAACAAUCCUAAGGUGUGCAAUUUGUGGCACAAGUCCGGCGUCCGAUACAUGCGGACCUGCCAACCCUGCCCCGACAUCUACCCGUGGACUGGUAAAACCGGAAUUCGCUCGUCGCGGAUCGACAGUGAUAUCGAAGUGGCAGAUACGAACUAAGUCAACUCCCUCUCUUGUAUGAGAUUUUCUGGAACUUGAACUACCAUUUAAUCUACAUCGAAACUCUAUCUUAAACAGCAGGAAAUCAACCGUUUAUUUCAUGUUUGUGAAACGGAAAAGCUUUUUCAAUCCAACAGUGAUACGAUAAGUAACAUAUCUGAUUGCAGAUGUCACACGAUCGAGGAAAGUUCUAAAUAUCUUGGAUAAUUUUAUCAAAAGACUAGAUGAUUCUUAUCCUUUCCCCUCUUGAAGGCGAAAAGAAAAGCAAUACAACUAAUUUCUUUUGGAACGAGUCACUGGUUCUCAAGUAUCAAGGGAAUAGUGACAAAAUAUAACCUACAUAAGAUAUUCGAAUGCCUCGUAACGUGAAACUCAGAUUGCGAAUUCCUAGAGUUACUGUUAAAUCACACCGAGAAACAAACUAUGAGUUGCAGCUGCACUUUUCACAUACUAUUCACAAGUAAUUGGUAAUUUAUUCUUGACAUUGUAACUUCCAUCGAGAUAACCCUAUAAGGGACAAUAACCUUGUUCUUCAUUCCUCAUCAGCAACGGGAAAGAAGUUUCGUUCGAUAUUAAGAAUAUUUUCUUAGUUUACAUAGUCGCACCCCUUAGAAUGCAUAAACUGUUAUUUUUGUAAAUACAAUUUAUUCUGAAACGAUUGCGUAAAUUGAGAGUUCCAUAGCGAUAGGACCAUGACAAAUACUCACUCGAAGGUAGCUCUUGAAAGCACAGAUUAAGCACAACUUGUAACUCGUAAGACUUUCGACAGCGAUAAGAAAACCAGACCGAAGCAAAUGGUGUAAUGUAGCACUGCCAUAUAGAAGAAAAAUAUCGCCCAGCACUUGGUUGCACAAGGAAACAAAAAUCUUCAGAAAGAGCCCCAAAAGUCGCAUUAACCUACUGAAAAUGCGAGAUAUUCAGGUUACCUAGGUGUCCAAAUCCAUCGUUCAACCGAAUCAAGGAAUGUUCCUUUAUCAUAAUAAGAAAAAAACUGCCACCCAACUUCCCUCGUUAUAGGAUAAGUUGUCCCACUUUGGAGAGACAAAAUGUCAUUCUUUUGUAAAAAUAACUUCACUUUCGAUCUGAGAGCUGCCAUGAUGGAUUGCAUACCUAGUUAACCUCAACAGCAUACAAUCAAGCACCUUCUGGGCAAAGACUUGGAGGAUUCGACCAAUUCUUGGAUAUGAAACUUUCGGAAAAAAAUGAUAAAAACAAAAAUUAAUCGAUAUACAUAAGUGAUAUAAAUAUAUUUAUAGCUAGUUAGACAAUAAAUUAUAAAUUGCUGCUAGGAAAAUCUUCAAGCCCCCUCCAUUAGAGUUCUACGCCUCUCCGCCACUACUCCUGAGAAAGCAAUCUAUUGUACAUAAUAUAUAAGAAGUUUAUUAGAAGCAUACAUCUCUUUCUUCAACGCACUGUCGGACAUCGAAUUAAGUAAUCUUUGCGAUUGUGUUUGACUUUUUCAUAUUAUUUAAUCUUUUCCCCGGUUGAGUGUAUCCUUUUUUUAUAUUUCCAACCCACUGCUUUCUAUUGUUGAAUUUUAAGCAUUCUAACCCUUCUGUGUAAUCUUUUUCAUUAGAUCCUUAAGUCAUUCUAGCUGUAACGUAUUCUUUAGCCGUAGCUAGUGAUAUAGAAAGAAGAAAACUACAUUUUCAUCUUAAUUAGAAUCGCCACUUUAAUCGAGUUAGAAACUGAAAAAUUACAUAAAAUUUAAUAAAACAAACAUCUACGUGUAUCUUUACCGCAAAUGUAUUUUUCGAUAGAGGGGAAAAUCUCGAGCGGAAUUGAAGCAAUCUAAAACCACACUAAGCAGAACGAAAAUUAAUAAAAUAGUAAAAAUCAUAAACCGGUCGCGAUUGUAGAAUGUGUAGGUGUGAACAUAUGGGGAAAAAAGUGAUGUAGAAAAGUAUUGGCCGGGUGAUAGAGCAAAGCAAAUCUUAAAGACAUUUUGUGCGACCGAUGCGAUAACUUCACGGAAUGAAUGUAUCGAAAUAGUUGAAAUAAAAAUCAUGACAAAUUUUAA